AUGGUUGAACAUGCGAUGCCCCGCAAGCUCUGGGAGCAUAAAAAUAUCCAAAGCACAGAGAUGUACAAGUUCAUGCAGAUGAUAAAUGCAACACAAGGCACCAAACUAGAGACUUUCACCGGGCUCUACGAGUAUUCCAUUCACAAUAGAUCCGCUUUCUACGCCCAGCUGUUUGAAUGGGCCAAUAUUAUCCACGAAGGCUGUUACUCCAUCGUGGUUGAUGAAGCCGCGCCGAUAGAUAGCGUUCCUCGUUGGUUCUCGGGCGUGCGCUUGAACUGGGCUGAGAACAUACUCUACUCUCGCGGUGCAUCUGAUGCAAAAGACCAUAACGGAAUUUGUGGUAAGGAGGAUGACAAGAUUGCCAUCACAGCGAUACGCGAGGGUAAUACAGAGAAACGCAACGUAUCAUGGAGUGAGCUGCGUCAUGAUACAUCUCGGUUGGCCUCGGCACUCGCUGGGCGUGGGGUGCAGGAGGGAGACCGUGUUGUCGCUAUCGGCGCCAAUUCGUACAGCACUUUGCUUGUGUUCUUGGCUACAACGUGGCUUGGUGCAAUUUUCACAAGCGCGUCUACCGAUAUGGGUGUUAGCGGAAUUUUGCAAAGGGCUGUCCAAAUCAACCCCAAGGCAAGUUUCCUUUUGUGUUGCCCUUUUGCAACUUUUGUCUUCUUCGACGACGCAGCUGUAUACAACGGCCGGACCUGGGAUCUUCGAGAAAAGAUGACUGGCACUAUCAAUGGUCUGAAAAGAUGCUCGAACUUCUCAAAACUAAUUGCUAUUCCCCGGUUUGAUCAGCCAUUGGACGUGUCCAGCAUUGCUAAAUCCGAGACAUGGUCGUCAUUCUUAGGCUCAUCGGCUGCUGCCAAUGGACCAAAAGCGCCCCCAUUUGCCCGCAUACCGUUCCACGCACCCUUUUUGAUAUGCUACUCCUCGGGGACAACAGGGAUUCCAAAGGCAAUUGUCCACACCGUCGGAGGCGUGAUUCUAAACGUUACCAAGGAGGAGCGGUUGCACCACCGUACAUCCGCCGAUACUAUUGCUUUGCAAUUCACCACAACCAGCUGGAUAAUGUACGUGCUUCAAGUGGCUGGGCUGCUCAUGGGCGCCCGUCUGGUCUUGUACGAUGGAUCACCAAUGUUGCCAGAUUGGAAGGUGCUUGUUGAGAUACUCGGCGAGCAGCAUGUUACGAAGUUCGGAACCAGUCCACGCUGGCUGAGCGAGCUAGCCAUGAGCCACGUCAACCCGCGAGACAUUGUCAAGCUGGACAGUCUACAGGUUGUUACUAGUACGGGGAUGCCACUAGCAGACCAUUUGUUUGAAUGGGUCUAUGAUGUUGCCUUUCCUCCACACGUACAGCUGAUCAACAUGUCAGGAGGUACUGAUAUUGCAGGAUGCUUCGGGACCGGCAAUCCGCUUAGUCCCGUCUUCGUAGGCGGUACUCAAGGUCCGUCACUCGGGGUGCCGAUUGCUAUCUAUGACGCCAGCUCUUCCGGUAGCGUAGGGUCACCUGUAGCCCUCGGAAAGCCUGGAGAACUGGUUGCCACAGCUGCAUUCGUUAACAUGCCGUGCUUUUUCUGGGGAGACUCAGCCGGCUCCAGCCCAGCCCCUGCUGCGCCUCCUGGAUCCCGAUAUCACUCAUCGUACUUUGCACGCUUCGACCACGUUUGGACGCAUGGAGACUUUUGCAUCAUCCAUCCAAAAACUCGCAGUAUCCACUUCAUGGGCCGAGCGGAUGGUGUUCUCAAUCCAUCUGGCGUACGAUUCGGGAGCUCAGAAAUCUAUGCGGUGGUCGAUGCACAUUUCUCAGACCGCAUCACCGAUAGCCUAUGCGUUGGACAAAGAAGAAGUAUUGAUCUGGAUGAGAGUGUCAUGCUCUUUGUGCUCAUGCGCAACGGUCAGACUCUUGACAAGAAUCUCGUGAGAGACAUUAAAGCGGCCAUAGCAAAGGAGCUCAGCAAAAGACAUGUACCGAAGUACAUCUUUGAGAUGCCCGAAUUACCAAUCACAGUAAACCACAAAAAAGUUGAGCUACCCGUCAAGCAGAUAGUGUCCGGCCAACCAGUUCAAUUAAGCGGCACGCUUCUGAACCCUCGGAGUCUCGAGUAUUUUCAUCAGUUUGUGCAGGUGGAGGAAUUGGGAAGCCGACCAAGUAAGCUAUAG